AGCGGCGGCCCGCUGGCAUCCUCCGCCCGCAGUGACUUCCCCCCUGCGGCCGGCACCCGCCCUCAGGCGCAGGCGCAGGCGCAGUGGGCGCAGGCGGGGCCGGCGUGCGGCGCACUCGCAUGGCGUUGCUGUACCGCGCCACGCGGCUCAAGGACCGCGCCGACACCCACGUGUUCACGUUCGUGGUCACGCGCGCCAUCACCGUCGACCGUGAUGACGUCAACUCCAAGGACUUCUGCUGCGCGCACCAGCGGUGGGCGGUCGCCUUGGGUCGCUCCGGAGAUGCUUCGCUAGGUGUAUACCUAGUAUGGCGUGGCGUUUGCGAGGGCAUGCGCGUAUACGUCGAUUUCACCUUCACACUACUUAGCAAAGACCACUUCACCGCCAAUGAGAGCUUUUCGGGCAAGCAGGUCCGCUUCACCGCGGGCUGCGCAGCCCAUGGGCGCGUGCGCUGCGUCUCCUUCGCAGAGCUCAACAAGUUCACCGACGCCCGCGGCCAGUUCUUACUCGAGCUUAGCAUGUCCAAAGUGCGCACUCUAUACUCGUGCGAACUUCGGGCGCCCCGGCUUGACACGCCGCCCAUAGCCUUCGCCGGCUUUGACUGGUCGGUGUCGGCCAGCGGCGGCAACAAUAAGGAACCACUUUCUCUACGACUUGUCCGCCUAUCGGGCGAGGGCCAGAUGUGUCGCGUGCGAUUCGCGCUCGCUCUCGGAGAGGGCGAAAGACGCCUGCAUUCGGGACCUCUCGAAUGUAUAUGCGACGCGGACGGCCACACCCUGCCCUGGAUUCCUCGGGUGCCUUCGCGUCUGCUCAGCAAGGGAGUGCGGCUGACUGUGGAACUAGUUUGGGUGACGGCACUGGCCGAGUUGGCUAUCCCGGCGGGCGGCCGCGCUGUCACGUGCUACGACCGUGACAAGCAGGCCUGGGCGAUUCGCUGUGACAUGCAGUCGGAAUCUGUUCGUCUUCAUAUGCUCUAUAGAGACGUGCACAACGUGCCGCUCAAUCACUUACGAUACGUUAGCUGGUCAGCUUGGCUGUUGCGCGCGAACCCAGCCCCAGGGGAGCCGGAUUCCGAAGAGUUGCCUGGUUCGCCUUUCCGGCACUACUACGCGCAGGAGCUGACAGAUGAUGGACUCAUGAUGGAGACUUCUCUUUUAGUGGAAGAUAUUUCGCGGCCAGGGUGCCCUUUUCUACACCCCGGCAGUGAGCUUCGUGUCCGCCUGGAAUGGGGCGACACUUACUUACUCUUUCAAGCUAAUUACCAUGUCUAUGACGAUCUCUGUCGUCUGCAAGGACAUCAGAUGAGACGGGAGAUAGCCGCUUUGCAAGCAGAAAACUAUUCCCUGGAGAGGCAACUGUUCAGCUAUCAAAAGAGCCUGGCGUAUGCGCAGGCGCAGGCGGGGGAGCCCACCGCGGCCGACUCCGGGCGCCGUUCCCCCGCCGAACGAUCUCUCUCUACAGACACGGAAUAUGCGUGAGGAAGAUGGCUGCCAUACACAAUGCCACACCCCUCUUCUCUCUUUCGACUGACUCUGACAUUUUUGAGCGAUUUAUCUAUUUUUCUAGACGUUUUAUGGCGAGGUGCGCCUCGUCCGCACCGCUUCUCGCCGGUCGCCUGCACUCUCGCCGCUCGAUCUAUCGAUAGCCGAUUAUUAUACUUGACUACUUUUCUAUUUGUCUGUACAUAAAAUAUAUUUAGAUAUUAUAUAUAUUAUGUAUAUUUCUUAACUUGAAACUCGAGUUCAUAUACUAUAACAGUCGAUUUAUGAA